GUUGGUGUUCACUAGUCUUUAUCACUUUACUUGUUGUAUUGUGCUGCAUGAAGAGUACUCUUGCUUGUAUUGUAAGCUUAUAAGCGACAGUAGGACAAUGGCGUCCCACGGAGCCAGGUCUCUAGAUAGCGCCGUGGCCCAAGAGGAUGAAGCCCCGCCACCUGGUCCUCCUGCUCGUAUUGGAAGCAGGCCAACUCUCUGGCGAAAUUGGAUUGCCUUCUUCUUACUCGGCACAAUCAAUAACAUGUCCUAUGUCAUUAUCAACUCGUCAGCCAAGACCAUUGCAGAUAGCUUUCACAAGUCAGAUGAUGUGUCACUGAUCCCUUGGGCAAAUGUGGCGUUUGGCUUUGGAGCAAAGUGCUUGAAUGCUUUCGUCCUUGUUCCACUUGGUGUUCCCUACGGCAUUCGCAUAUUUGUCAAUGGCGUCCUUAUGCUGGGUGGCCUCAUAGGUAUCGCCUUCGCUCCAAGCUUCACAGUUGCCAUUGUAGCUAUUGUAGUAUCAGGCUCCACUGCUGGAUUUGGUGAAAAUGUUGUGCUGGGCUACUUGCGUCUGUACAAUCCCGACCUGAUCACGGCCUGGUCCAGCGGAACGGGAAUGGCCGGUGUGCUUGGUGCUACACUCUACAUUGGACUCUCGUGUGCCGUCCAAACUCCUCCCGGCACAUCUCGAAAUGACAAGCUUCUUCACAUGAACCACUAUGUGUUUCUCCUGGCUACGCCCAUCGUGCUGAUCUACUGGCUUGCAUACUUUGUAAUCUUGAAGAAACCCGACGAACAACAGCCUGCUCUGACACGAGAGGAGCAAGAGUCCAGCAAGUACCGGACAUCAGAAACAACACCGCUGAUCCAAGCAGAAUCAGUAUCAGAAUCACGCAGCAUAGAAGCGGCGGAAAGUGGAUGCUCUCGCCUUGGCCGAUGUCUUUGCUCGUCUGCCUGGCUGUCUUUCAAUCUUGGUGCGGUGUACUUUACGGAGUAUGUGGCUCGCAGUUGCUCAGCCAAAGCUAAAGAAAAAGGUGAUCCAAUCUAUACACCGACUUGUCCCGAGUUCUAUGCUGCUAUCCAAUUAUGCUACCAGGCUGGUGUGCUAGUGUCCCGAUCAUCGCUAGGACUGGUGCAGAUCAAGCGAGUGGGUAUUCUCACCAUCUUGCAAACCAUCAACAUGGUCGUCUGGAUCAUCAUAGCUUGGAAUCACUUCAUGCCUGUCGCUGUGCUACCUGCCUACAUGAUAUUUGUUGGACUGCUCGGAGGUGCGUCCUACGUGAAUACGUUCAAUCUGCUGCGCUCGGAUACGAAUAUAGCGGAUGGAGACCGGGAGCUGUGUAUCAACAUUGCUGGUUUGACAAUAUCACUUGGUAUAUUCGCUGGCACAGGUUUCAAUACGCUACUAUUCCACUUGGCAGGAUUCAAGUAAAGCGGCAGCAGCAGCAUUGUUUUCACCUCCACCAGCUACUGCAGCUUAUUACAAAAUACAACUAGUACAUACACCAACCAAUGUCUCGAUCUAUUGAGAUAUCGGCUUGUCACGUUCAACAUAAUAUUCUACAGUACAAUGUGUGUGGGGCUGGUUCCUCCCAACAAAGAUGCAUUUACCGCUACUAUGAAAUACAAUGACUUGAUCGCACCCCACGAAAAUCUAGCCUGCUGUAUUCAUGACCUCGUAUUUUUAUCAUAUUUUUAGUUUCACGUAUGCUCUUUUACGACGCAGUGUGGCGUUCGUGGAAAUUAGCUGGCAUUCCUUGAACCUCAAAUUAUUGUGUUUCUUUAGUCUCAUUUUUUACCCAAUUUCAGUAGGGGACCAUUCAUAAAUACCGAUAUUUUUCAAGGUAAUCUCAACUUUGUUCAUUUCUACACAGACCCGUCUCACCUCCCUAAAAAAAAACAUACACGUUUAUGCAGGAAGAUCUCCUAUUGAAACAUGACCAACCGGAACUAUACACCUAGGUUUACAGUUGCAACUUUAUAUUGCUAGGGUCGCCCAACCAACAUUUUCUCGAAGUUAGUUUUUAACACAAUCCUUUUUCAUGGACAGCCCAACCGGGCGUAGAACCCGA